AUGGUAUUUGAGGAGGUCGAAGAUGCCCAAGCCUUUUAUAAGGCAUAUGCAAGGCGACAAGGAUUUGCAAUCCGAACAAAUCAUACUCGAUUGUCGAAAGAUGAUAAAACUCCUUGUGCAGUAGACUAUGUUUGCACAAGAGAAGGAUUUUGGCGGGUUAGUCAGAAAGACACCAAUCGAAUAAUGCCUGAACCUGCUGAGACAAAGAUUGGAUGUAAAGCAAUAAUGGGAAUAAAGAAAGAUGGUGAAAAGUGGAUAGUCAACAAGUUUGUGAUUGGACAUAAUCAUAUUUUGCUUACACUGAGAAGUAUUAGUUUCCUUCGUGGACAUAGGGGAGUUAGUAAAGUACAAAAGAAACUUAUUAUGACCUUGAAUGAGUCUGGUGUAUCGACAAGGAAGAUAAUGUCAGUAUUGAGUAAAGAUUCAGGUGGUGACUUUAAUGUCGGUUGUAUUGGGAAGGAUGUAGAAAAUUACUUGGGAAGCCAAAGGAGAAAAAUAUUUGCAGAGGGUGAUGCACAAAGGCUAUAUUCCUACUUUCUUGAUCGACAAAACAAAGAACUUGGGUUUGUGUUCUCCAUGCAAGUUGAUAACGAUGAGUGUAUGAGAAGUUGUUUUUGGGCUGAUGCGAGAUCAAGAGCUGCAUACCAAUAUUUUGGGGAUGUUGUUACAUUUGAUGCCACUUACUUGACCAAUAUUGAUAAGAUGUCAUUUGUGCCAUUUUCUGGAGUUAAUCAUUAUCAUCAAACUAUAAUGUUUGGGUGUGCCUUAUUAGUUAAUGAAACGGCGGAAUCAUAUAUAUGGUUAUUAAGAACAUGGCAAGAGGCAAUGCUUGGGCGUGCCCCUUCAACUAUAAUUACAGAUGAUGACAAGGCAAUGGCUAAGGCAAUUGUUGAGGUACUCCCGAAUACAACUCAUAGGUUGUGUUUGUGGCACAUUUUACAAAAGUUUCCAGAACACUUAGCCUAUGUAUACAGCAAAUUUCCAGACUUUCAAAAAGAUUUUCGUCAUUGCAUCCAUGAAACAAUUACUACUGAUGAGUUCGAGCAAGAAUGGAAUUUGAUUGUGGUGAAGUAUGACCUAGGAGAAAAUACUUGGUUGCAAAAUCUUUACAGCCGACGGGAUAAGUGGGUACCCGCCUACUUGCGUUCAACAUUCUGUGCCGCUAUAGAUGCACGUUACUUUAAAGAGAAAGAGAAGGAUGUCUGGACAAAAUCUACCCGAGCGAUAAUGAAGACACCUUUUAAAAUUGAAGAGGAGGCAGCAUUGGUUUAUACAAGAAAAUCUUUCAUGAUCUUCCAUGAUGAGUUGUUUAAUAGUCUACAGUACCAAGCAAGAAGAUUGUCUCUGACUGGUGAGGCGAAGACAUAUGGAGUGACAGUUCAUGCGAAGUUAAAUAGAUUGCCAGAGCAUUAUGUUCUAGACAGAUGGACUAUUAAUGCUAAGAGUCGACCCAUUCCCCACAUUCCGUGUUGUGAUGACCAAGUGAGCGUGGAAGUAGAUGAGCCUACGAUGAGAAGAAGCAAGUCAAUGAUACAACUUUAUGACAUUGUAGAACUUGCAUCCCAAUUAGCAAAAAAACACAAUCAUUUCACACUUGCAUUGGAGAAGGUUCACAAAGAGAUGCUUGCAAUGGAUGAGCAUGUAGAAUGUUCACGAGCAGUGUCGGCCAAUGAUGAUCAAAUAGUAAGAAGCCAAGUUGUAUCGAACUUUUCACAAACUGUGCAAGAUCCUCCACAGGACACAAAUGUCAAACUUACUCUUUAUUUGAUGCAGCAGGAUGCGGAAACUAAAGGUUUUGAGUCAUACGAGGAGCAGCUGAGGAAGCACUUCACUGCCAUUUAUCUUUGCCUUGCUCCCACACCACACAUGGCUGCCAUCAUCGUGAUAAUUUUAUGA